ACGAAGCUGUUGUCAGUUUUGAACAGGAACGGCCAAGGGGAUUCGUCACUUCUGGAAGCUUGCUCACGUCGAAAGUCCCCUGGGAGCUGUGCUACUUCAGCUGGGAGUUCGACGAGGGUUUCACUAAAUAAGAGAGAGUCUUCAAACUUGAAUGGCCAUCAAAAGAGGAGGGUCCCCUGAACAUAGGAGAACUUUCAAUGUACCCGUUGCGGUUGGAUCGAACGGGUUCAUUCGAGGCUGCAUUGAGGAGAUCCGGCGAAAAGUUUUGGUCGUGUCGAACGCGAAGAUUCGUUGCCUACGACGCACCAAGUCCGCAAUUCGAAAUCCGUGCGGUGGGAAGCCCGUGUCUCGUAAUAUCAAACCAUUGAAAGCUGACACCACACAGUCUAACCCAAGAUACAUGGUCGAUAUGGAAAUGUACAACACUCUUCAUUCAAGUGACGAUGAGCAGGAAGAGGCCCCUACAAGUACACAGACCUUAGCGUACGAAGUCAUGUGCCGAGAUGAGCCUCCAAGUGGGCAUUUCUUACUGCUACUGCCGCCAACGAUUCUUGGUUUUGGCAUGCAUGACAAGAAGUGGAGAACGUUGCAGGUCGAGCACAUCAGUGCCAUCGAAUGGAACAAGAACGCUUUCGAGCAGCUAGUACUAGAUUACACCCAUAAAGAGCUCAUCGAAGCUGUGGUUCGGGGACACGUCUCGUCGGAUGCGUCUCCUGAUAUUGUUGAAGGCAAAGGGAGAGGCGUCUUGCACUCAUACGGUACAGUCGUUUUGCUGGAUGAGAGUGAUAUAUUUCUUGAGGAGCGCGAAAAGAUGGAUCUGAAAAGGAACGCUCUGGUGUCUGUUUUCCUCCGUGUCUUGGAGUACUAUGAAGGUAUCCUAAUAUUGACUUCUAACCGAGUUGCCCAUUUCGACGAGGCUUUCAAAUCACGCAUGCAGCUUACCUUGCAUUACCCACCCAUAGACCUAGGAGGUCGCAAACAAAUCCGGGAUAACUUCAUCGAUCUCUUGAAGCAGAAGGAAGUACUAAUUGAAGCGUCACAUGGCUCUGACCGCCCUGAAGGUGAAAAGGUUAACAUUGCCAUGUUGAAAGCAAGACGAGACGCACUGGCCGAUGCAGAGUUGAAUGGUCGCCAAAUUCGGAACGUCGUUUCGACCGCACGCCAACUCGCCAGAUUAAGAAACAAGGCAAUGAGCUUUGGACAUCUGCAAGCAACUAUCAAGACCGUCAACGCUUUUGAAAAGCAUGUGGAGCAGACACACGGCCAUAGCGCGGAAGAAUAUGCUCGGUCAAUACAAUCACGGCUUGAAAGACAAGCAGCGAUGAAUCCGGCAAUGAAACCCAGUUUCCGACGCUCUGGAGCAAUUGCAACGUGCUCUGCGUUCGAUUGGACCACAAGUUUGUUCUUGGAGCGAGAGACUUGUGCUUGAUAAGAGCGUCUUCUGGCGAGCGUAUAGGUCUCAGCACUCCUAGAACGUGACUGAGAUGCAUGUCUUGCAGCCGUGGUUUCAUGUCUCCA